AUGCGUAUUCAGCGGUAAGAUUCCCAAAGUGUUCCAUGAACUCGGAAAAUUUUUCAUUUCGUUUUUCAGAGACAUCGGAGACCAACUUGUCAGUUGUCGCAAUCGUGUUCAUACCGGUUCAAAGGACUCAGUUUUGAACUUUGUGAUUGUCCAGAAACGAACAACGUAUGUCCCGAGAACCCGGAAAAUGGGAUAGAACUUCGAGGAAUACUUUAUCAGGUUAAUUUCAGUAAUUUGUUUUUUAAUGAUGAAUUUGACCGACAGUUUUUUUUUUCAAUGUUCGAAAGAUAGCCCGGGAUUUCCAAGCAUUCAAAAAAAAAACUGAUACAGCACCUCUGAGAUGAUAACUUAACAUUCGACUAACUCCAAUAAAAAGUUUUUCCAGUUCUGCCAGCCGCGACAGCCGCCAAUGUGCGAAGUUGGAGAAAUAGCGGCUGAAGUGAAGUCUCUGCAAACUUCGAUUCAUUGCAUCUGUCCGGAAGACAUGCUCUACAUCAAAAGAUCGUUGCCUGCAUCGAAGGCCACCCAGUACAUUUGUAUGGAGGUUUGUUUGCAUCAAUUUUCUACAUCAAAAUCAAUCCCCUAAAGGCCUCACAAAAGAUUGAGCCCGUACGGAGCAUCGUUCAGUAUCACAGCACACUUUCAAUAUCUCAAGUGUCGGGUUCCAGCGGUAUAAAAUUUUCACAGUUUUGAGUGUGAUCCCUAUUAACUUUCUUAUACCACCUGCUAACUGAAAUCCUUCUCGUGUUUUCCUAUGAAUGGGUUUACAGAAACCGAUUUGCCAAGCGGAGGAAAUAUGUGGAACAGGAGAUGCGAGCGGAACGAAGUGA